UCCUUCAACCGGACCAGAAAUAUUAUUAUUCAAGAGGUUUCAACAAGAAUGGGAAACAAUUGAUAAAACAAAAUUCUCUACAUCAAUUUCUGAUACUUAUGUUCAUAAUAUUUUAAAAGAUGAAGCCGAUGAAAUUAUUUUAUAUGCAAAAAGUAAAAUUACUGAAUAUCUCCCCCGAGAUGAUUAUCAAGAGUUUUUAGAACUUGUUAUUAUAUUUUUGGGUGGUGUUCCUCAAAGGGGAAAUGCUUUUCGAAAACCGGGUCCUUAUCAUUUAGCCAGAUGGAUGGCUAAAGCAAUAUAUUGUUUAAAAAUAUUUUUGUUUAAAAAUCAAUUUAAACUAGACAGCAGAGAAGAAACAUCAUUAAAGGAUAUUUGUUGUUUUAUUGUAAAAUGUUACGUUCAAGCUUGGUUUUCAUCUCCAAAAGCUAUAGAAGCUCCUUUUAAUGACAUAUUAUUUCUUAGAAAAUUAGAAUCUUAUAAAUUACAAAAUAAAAAAAUCGCAGACGUGGCAUUAAAAAAAAUAACUAAUCAUUUGUGGUAUUUAAAUCCAGAAUGUAUUACUUUUUCCUUAUUUGACAAUCGUAUAGACUAUAAUACAAAACGCAAAAUGGCUGAAAAAAUUCUAAGUUAUAAUGAUGAUGAUGAUGAAGAAACUAAUCUGAAUAAAAAGUUAACUCUUACACCAGACGAUGUUCCCAAUUUUCUUCAAAAAGACCUACCAACUGAUUUAAUAACUUCCAAAUCAAUUGAAAUGUUUAAGCGGUUUAAAAUUCAAACAAAUUUUUUAAGCAUUGAUCCAGCUUAUUGGAAUUAUCAGGAAGACUUCAAAACAGGUAGAGAAAUAAUCAAAUCAUUGAAAAUAGUUAACGACACAGCUGAGAGAGGAGUCAAGCUAAUGGAAGAAUAUAAUGAUAAAUUUACUAAAGACGAAGAACAAAAACAAUUUUUAUUGCAGACCGUCCAAGACUAUCAAAAAAAAUAUCCAAAAUGUGAUAGAGAAACAUUAAAAAAAAUAUAUUAAAAGACAAAUACUAGUUCCAUGUAGAUAAAUGUGCUAUGAAUUUUGUAAUAAUUAUGUGUUGAUAGAAUGGAUUAUACAUUUUUUUUAUUUAAUCUUAGUUAAUAUUC